ACUUGAGCUGAUGGUGCGAAUUCGAGUUCUCUCUUAAAAUUGUCACUGUAAACCGAGUCUCGGCUUAAAGUGAAUUGCAAGUUAUAAGCGUCUGGGAAAAUCGUGCCGCAAGCAUGGCUGCAGCCACAGCACCAGCACCAACAGUGCCGGAGGAGAAAGUUGAAGUGGAAUGGGAGAGUGACAAGCUGAAAAGGGCCCAUCGGACCGUGUUAGAGGUCAACUGCUAUGACAUGGAAGCAUGGAGCCUUCUCAUCAGAGAGGCGCAGAACAGGUGGAUCGGAGAUGUACGACCUUUCUUCGAGCAGCUGAUAAACAUCUUCCCCACGACGGGAAGAUACUGGAAAAUUUACAUUGAGCAAGAGUUAAAGGCUAGGAAUUUAGAGCGAGUUGAAAAGCUUUUUCAACGCUGUUUAAUCAAAGUGCUUAACAUUGAUCUCUGGAAGUUGUACCUCACAUACGUGAAGGAGACUAAGGCCAUGCUACCGACGUACAAGGAGAAGAUGGCACAGGCCUACGACUUCACGCUGGAGAAGGUCGGCAUGGACAUACAGUCAUACAGUAUCUGGAACGACUAUGUCACGUUUUUGAAAGGAGUCGAAGCUGUUGGUUCCUACGCUGAAAAUCAGCGAAUUAGUGCAGUUAGAAAGGUCUAUCAGAGAGGUGUCGUCAACCCAAUGACCAACAUAGAACAAUUCUGGAAGGACUACAUCGCCUUUGAGCAGAACAUUAAUCCCAUCAUUGCCGAAAAAAUGGGAAUGGAGCGUAGCAGGGACUACAUGAACGCUCGCCGAGUUGCUAAAGAGUUUGAGGCGGCCACCAGAGGCGUCAACCGAAACGCACCAAGUGUACCUCCCACUGGGGCUGCCGAGGAGGUCAAGCAGGUUGACAUGUGGAAGAAGUACAUUGCCUGGGAAAAGAGCAAUCCGUUGAGGACAGAAGACCAAACUACAAUCACCAAGCGAGUCAUGUAUGCUUACGAGCAGUGUUUGCUUUGUAUGGGCCACCACCCUGACAUUUGGUACGAAGCUGCCCUUUACCUUGAACUCUCCUCAAAACUGCUCCACGAGAAAGGAGACAUCAAUGCUGCCAAGCUGUUUGGAGACGAGGCCGCCAAUAUAUAUGAACGGGCAAUCACAACCAUACUCAACAAAAACAUGCUGCUCUACUUCGCCUAUGCUGACUUCGAGGAGGGCCGCGUCAAGUACGAGAAAGUCCACAACAUUUACACCAGGCUGCUGGAAAUUACAGACAUAAAUCCGACAUUGGCUUACAUCCAGUUCAUGAAGUUUGCUCGGAGAGCAGAGGGCAUAAAGUCAGCUAGGAACAUUUUCAAGAAAGCCCGAGAAGAUGCCCGAUCUGGCUUCCAGGUCUUUGUUGCUGCAGCCUUGAUGGAGUACUACUGCAGCAAGGACAAAAACAUAGCUUUCAGGAUUUUUGAGCUGGGACUCAAAAAGUUUGGUGAUGACCCAGAAUACAUUCUCAACUACAUUGACUACUUGUCGCAUUUAAACGAAGACAACAACACAAGAGUGCUCUUUGAAAGAGUACUUACUUCGAGCUCAUUGGAACCAGAGAAAUCAGUUGAGAUAUGGAACAAAUUCUUGGAGUUUGAAUCCAACGUCGGAGACCUGACCAGCAUUGUCAAGGUUGAGAAGAGGAGAAGUGCAGUGCUGGAGAAGCUCAAGGAAUUUGAGGACAAAGAAACAGCCCAAUUGGUGGACCGCUACCGCUUCCUCGACCUCUAUCCAUGCUCCAUCGCAGAGUUGCGCGCCAUUGGCUACUCUUCCACUUUGCAGGGAACGCACAAGGGUCUCAGCGCAGUGGGCAACCUGAAUUUGGACGAGGAGCCUGUCGCGACAGUAGUCCGUCCUGAUUUUGGCCAAAUGAUUCCCUACAAGCCAAAGUCUAACGCUCAUCCUGGCGAGCACACCGUGCCUGGCGGCGUGUUCCCGCUACCUCCGUCAGCAGCACAUCUCUGCACCUUGCUGCCCCCUCCUUCCAGCUUCCGCGGCCCGUUCGUCUCAAUUGACCUGAUGAUGGACGUCUUCAGCAAGAUCCAACUCCCUGAUUCUGUGCCGCUGCCUCAAAACAGCGAGAAUGGUUCUGAUACGAAAUUGUUCGACCUGGCUAAAUCAGUGCACUGGAUUGUUGAUGACGAUGCCCAGAACAGUAUUCAAGGGGCAAAAAGAAAGAAGAAAGGCUUGGGUGAAGAUAGUGAUGAAGAGGACUUUACUGGUGCUCCUCCAGUUAAUGAUAUUUACCGACAGAGGCAGCAAAAGCGUGUUCGCAUUUAGUUUUAAAAUUAUGUUUUUAAAUCAUUACCAAUGAUUAAAUGGAUUCAAAAACAA